GACUCCAGCUCCUCACUCGGCUGACAGGCGGCGACGCGGCCGGAGCUCUCGACCCUCUCGCGCAGGUCCUCCUCUCCAUCUCUCCAUCUCUCCAUCUCUCCUUCUUCUCCUCCUCCUCCUCCUUCUUCUUCUUCUUCUGCUGCUGCUGGAAGAACCGGGAGUACGCGUUUUUUUUUUAUUUCCAAUUUCCACUUGGUCCCCUCCGGCGGAGGAGGAGCCGGUGGGAGAGACGCGCCGCUGCCUCUGGUCCUCGAGCGAGGAAGGAGAAAGUCUGGUCUUUUCACAUUUAUUAUUAUUUGGAGGAAGAAAAAAAGAAUAAGAGAAGCGCUCUAGGGGGAUUUUUGUAUUCAUUUUUUUGCACCUGGAUUGCUGCUCGUGCAGGACAACAUGCCUCAGACACCACCGUUCACCGGGCAGCUGAACACAGGCGGCUACAACAAGAACCUGUACCAGACCAAGGAGGAAAACUACCCCGGCCUCUAUUAUCAUGACAACAACCUGGUGUCCGGGUCCCUGGAGGCCCUCAUUCACCACUUGGUCCCAACUGUAGAUUAUUAUCCAGAUAGGACGUACAUCUUCACCUUCCUGCUCAGCUCUCGCCUCUUCAUCCACCCAUAUGAACUCAUGUCCAGGGUGUGUCACCUGUGUAUGGAGCAACAGCGACUCAGCGAUCCCCAAGCUGACAAGAUGAGAGUCAGGAAGAACGCUCCCAAGAUCCUUCAGCUCCUGACAGAGUGGACGGAAACCUUCCCGUAUGACUUCAGGGACGAGAGGAUGAUGCGCAGCCUGAAGGAGCUGACCCACCGGCUGGCCAGUGGAGACGAGGUUUACCGGAAGGCGGUCGGCCAGAUGAGCCAGGGCCUGAUCCGGAGGCUGACGGUGCUCAGCCAGUACGAGGAGGCGCUGGUCAAGAUCAACGCCACGGCGGCCGAGCGGCUCAGCGCCCUGAAGGCGAAGCCCCAGGCCGCCGCCCAGAGAGACCUGCUGUCCAUCUGCAACGACCCCUUCACCGUCGCCCAGCAGCUCACGCACAUAGAGCUGGAGAGACUGAGUUACAUUGGACCGGAAGAAUUCGUCCAGGCGUUCGUCCAGAAAGACCCGCUGGACAACGAUAAGAGUUGCUUCAGCGAUCACAAGAAGGCCAGCAACCUGGAGGCGUACGUCGAGUGGUUCAACAGACUCAGUUAUCUGGUGGCCACGGAGAUCUGCAUGCCCGUGAAGAAGAAGCAGCGAGCUCGAGUCAUGGAGUUCUUCAUCGACGUGGCGCGCGAGUGCUUCAACAUUGGCAACUUCAACUCCCUCAUGGCCAUCAUCUCUGGGAUGAACAUGAGUCCGGUGUCUCGGCUGAAAAAGACCUGGAGCAAAGUCAAGACGGCCAAGUUCGACAUCUUGGAGCACCAGAUGGAUCCUUCCAGCAACUUCUACAACUACCGGACGUCCCUGAGAGGAGCGACGCAGAGGUCGAUCACGGCCAACAGCAGCCGAGAGAAGAUCGUCAUCCCGUUCUUCAGCCUGCUCAUAAAAGACAUCUACUUCCUGAACGAGGGGUGUGUCAACCGGCGGCAGAACGGACACAUCAACUUCGAGAAAUUCUGGGAACUUGCCAAACAAGUGAGCGAAUUCAUGACCUGGAAGAAGGUGGAGUGUCCGUUCGAGAAGGACCGCAAGAUCCUGCAGUACCUGCUGACGGCUCCCGUUUUCAGCGAGGACGCGUUGUAUCUGGCGUCGUACGAGAGCGAAGGUCCUGAGAACCACAUGGAGAAGGACAGAUGGAAGUCUCUGAGAUCCAAUCUGCUGAGCAGAGUCUGAACUUCUGACGUGAAGAC